GCGUUGUGGACCUUCCCCAUAUAAUUUGCCCCACUGGCACUCCCCAUUGUUUACACUCAAAGCUUUACCUUUUCUUAAGCGAACUCAAUUUUUUUCUGUCGUUUCCCGGUAUGCCUUUUUUCUCCCUCUUUCUUGCAUUACUUUGCUCAUUGACUUGCUUGGCUCUGUCUGAUUCCUGCUCUUGUAUGACUCAGUUAUCUGUCUUGCUUUUGUCGGUGUUUCUUAGUUCCUGUAAUUUCCCGAGAUUUGUUUAUAUAUUUUCUAAUCAAAGUUUGAAUUUUUCUGGGGUUCUUCCCAUGUGAAUGAUCGGUUUUUGCUGCUUAUUCCUUUUUUUCUUCUUCAAAUAUUUAUCAUUUCUCCGUAUUAUUCUUAUUUAUUCUUUUAUGUGUGGACAUAUCGGAAGAAGAAUUUGUCAGAUUUAUGUUUGAAAGUCCAUCCUUUUUGAUGAGCUAUGUAACCUGCUGGGGCUUUUCUUUUUGUGGGUGCUAAAAGAUGCCCGGAGUGGUUAUGGAUGAAACUUUUGAAGGCCGGGAGAAUUAUGAAGUCAAGGAGAUCAGGAGUUAUGCUGUUCACAUUGACAAUUCGGUUUCCAAUGGGUCUCCAAGAACGAAGGAUAUUGAUAUUGCGGCAUCUCAGACCGCUCAGAAAGUUGAUACGGUGUAUAUGACGAAUGGGGUGGCCGAGCCAUCCAUUGAAGAGCUCUAUGAGAAUGUGUGUGAGAUGCAGAGUUCUGAGCAUUCACCAUCGAGGCUAAGUUACGGGUCUGAUGGUGAUGAGUCAAGAAUAGAUUCAGAGUUGCGCCAUCUUGUAGGAGGAGGGGAAAUGAGGGAAGUGGAGAUAAUGGAGGAGGACGAGGAGGUGGGGAGGCUGGAGCAUGAUCAUGAUGAUGGUGAUGAUUCUCUUAGUGAUUAUACCUCUAGAAUGGGCGGCGCUUCGGCUGCAAAGUUGGACAAUUCUGAAUCCGCAACUUCCAAAAGCCCUCCAUCUGGAAAACUGAAGAAAGGAACUGCAAAGUUAACUCCAAUAGGCAAAAUCCCUUCUGUAGAUCAGCAGGGCGAAAGAAGAAAACAAGAUAGUGAGGUUGCCCCUUUGAGUAAACAGAAAGUUUCAUCUGUAACGCGGGGGUUGAGGGCGCGGAAUGUGAAGGAGGACAAGCCUGAUUCACGUUUGGAAGACCCUAAUCUUGGACCAUUCCUUCUGAAGCAAGCAAGAGAUGUGUUUUCAUCUGGGGAUAACCCACACAGAGCUCUUGAUUUAGCUCUUCGAGCUGGCAAGGCAUUUGAGAGAUGUGUUGAUGGGAAGCCCAGCUUGGAUAUGGUCAUGUGUUUGCAUGUCACAGCAGCCAUUUAUUGUAAUCUAGGCCGGUAUGCUGAUGCCAUUCCCGUGCUAGAACGCUCCAUUGAGAUUCCGGUAGUGAAUGAGGAAGGCCAAAAUCAUGCCCUCGCCAAAUUUGCUGGAUAUAUGCAGUUGGGUGAUACACAUGCUAUGUUGGGUCAACUUGAGAAGUCUAUUCUUUGCUACAGAACAGGCUUGGGGAUCCAAAUCCAAGCUCUGGGCGACAAGGAUCCAGCAGUCCGUGAAACGUGCAGGUAUCUGGCUGAAGCUCAUGUUCAGGCAUUGCAGUUUGAUGAGGCUAAGGAACUUUGCCAGAUGGCUCUGAACAUGCACAAAGGUGAUGGUUUGCCUUCUUCCCUCGAAGAGGCAGCAGAUAGGAGGUUGAUGGCAUUAAUUUGUGAGUCAAAGGGAGAUCACGAAACUGCCCUUGAACAUCUUGUUUUGGCAAGCAUGGCCAUGGUGGCUGCCAAUGGUCCCGAAGCAGAUGUGGCAUCUGUUGAUUGUAGCAUUGGGGAGGCAUAUCUCUCGCUAAACCGCUAUGAUGAAGCCAGUUGUGCUUACGAAAAGGCUCUGGCGGCUCUCAAAUCCAGCAAAGGAGAAACCCAUCCCUCCGUUGCUUCAGUUUUUGUCCGUCUGGCUGACUUGUGCAACAGGACAGGCAAACUGCGAGAAUCAAAGUCGUAUUGCGAAAAUGCCCUUAGAAUUUAUGGAAAAUCUUUGCCGGGUGUUGCUCCGGAAGAGAUUGCCAGUGGUCUUACGGACGUUUCUGCCAUUUAUGAAUCCAUGAAUGAGCUUGAAAAUGCAGUGAAGUUGCUGGACAAGGCUUUAAAGAUUUACGACUCCCCUGGGCAGCAGAGUACUACUGCUGGCAUUGAAGCCCAGAUGGGGGUGAUCUAUUACAUGUUGGGAAGAUAUGCAGACUCGUACGACUCAUUCAAAAGCAGCAUAUCAAAGCUUCGCGCAAGUGGAGAAAAGAAAUCUGUCUUCUUUGGAAUUGCUCUCAACCAAAUGGGGCUUGCUUGCGUACAACGCUAUGCCAUACAUGAAGCUCUAGAUUUGUUUGAAGAAGCAAGGGCCAUUUUGGAGCAAGAAUGUGGGCCUCAUCAUCCAGUCACGUUAGGGGUGUGUAGCAAUCUUGCAGGCACAUAUGAUGCGGUUGGCAGGUUGGAUGAUGCAAUAGAAAUACUGGAAUUCAUUGUCGGGAUUCGAGAGGAAAAGUUAGGAACUGCGAACCCGGAGGUGGAUGAUGAAAAGAAGAGGUUGGGUGAGCUAUUGAAGGAGGCUGGUAGGGCGCGGAAUAGGAAAGCCAGAUCACUUGAGAAUCUGCUUGGUGUCGAUCAUCAUUGUCCCAACACUGCCACCAAUAACAAUGGCAUCAAGGUUUGAUCGAUCCCUACGCGCGUGCUCUUCCCCUCGUACAUUUUUUACUCUGUCAAGAAAACAUUAGUACAAAACAGAAAUCGAUAAUACUCCAAAGUUUCUUGUGUUUCCGUAUAUCAAAUUCACGAAAGUACUCUUACACUCUGUAGUCAUUGUAAAAAAAAAAAGAAAGUUGAUUGUUUUUUAUUUACGCGUACGUCUUUUUUAUACUCCUUGUACUUGUCUAUGAAUGAGCUGAAUCAUCAAUGUCUUAAGCAGCUUAAGUAGUGUA